AUGCCGAGGCCCGCUCUGUCAGUCACUGCUUUUUGUCAUCGGCUCGGCAAACGGGAGAGCAAACGAAGCUUCAUGGGAAACAGCAGCAACAGUUGGCUCUUCCCCAGGGAAGAAGCUCAAGGCUGGAUGGGCCAGGCUGUGCAGGGAGGGACCAGGACAAGCAGGUCUCAUGCAUCAUUCCCCAAGCUGGAGCUGGGCCUGGGACACCGUCCCUCCCCACCCCGGGAGCCGCCUACCUGCUCCAUCUGUCUGGAAAGGCUUCGAGAGCCCAUCUCACUGGACUGUGGCCAUGACUUCUGCAUCCAGUGCUUCAGCACGCAUCGCGUCCCAGGCUCUGAGCCACCAUGCUGCCCUGAGUGCCGGAAAAUCUGCAAGCAGAAGAAGGGCCUCCGCAGUCUAGGGGAGAGGAUGAAGCUCCUGCCACAGCGGCCGCUGCCCCCUGCACUGCAGGAGACCUGUGCCGUGAGGGCAGAGCGGCUGCUAUUGGUACGUAUCAAUGCCUCUGGAGGCCUCAUCCUCAGAAUGGGGGCCAUAAACCGCUGCCUGAAGCAUCCAUUGGCCAGGGACACACCUGUCUGUUUACUUGCUGUACUGGGAGAGCAGCACUCAGAAAAGUACUUCCUCCUGGACCACUUGCUCAGAGGUUUACCAAACCUGGAAUCUGGUGACAAUGGCAGGCCCAGGGCAGAGGGGUCUCUGCCUGGGAUCAGAUGGGGUGCCAAUGGCCUUACUAGGGGCAUCUGGAUGUGGAGUCAUCCCUUCCUGCUGGGAAAAGAAGGGAAGAAGGUGGCUGUGUUCUUAGUGGACACAGGAGAUGUCAUGAGCCCGGAACUGAGCAGGGAGACAAGGAUCAAGCUCUGUGCUCUCACCAUGAUGCUCAGCUCCUACCAGAUCCUGAACACCUCCCAAGAGCUGAAGGACACAGACCUGGGCUAUCUAGAGAUGUUCGUUCACGUGGCUGAGGUGAUGGGCAAGCAUUAUGGGAUGGUGCCAAUCCAGCAUCUGGACCUCUUAGUUCGUGACUCUUCCCAUCACAAUAAGUCAGGGCAGGGGCACGUGGGUGACAUACUCCAGAAGCUGUCCGGCAAAUACCCCAAGGUCCAGGAGCUGCUCCUAGGGAAACGGGCCCGCUGUUACCUCUUGCCUGCUCCUGAGAGGCAGUGGUCAAGCAAAGGUCAAGCAAGCCCAAGAGGCAACACAGAAGAUGACUUCUCUCACCUCUUCCGGGCCUACAUCUCGGAUGUGCUGAGCACAGCACCUCAGCACGCUAAGAGCCGCUGCCAGGGGUACUGGAGUGAGGGGCGUGCCAUAGCCAGAGGGGACAGACGCCUGCUCACAGGGCAGCAGCUAGCACAGGAGAUCAAGAACCUCUCAGGUUGGAUGGGGAAGACUGGGCCCAGUUUUAGCUCUCCAGAAGAGAUGGCUGCUCAGCUCCAUGACCUGAGGAAAGUGGAAGCUGCCAAGAAGGAGUUUGAGGAGUAUGUGAGGCAGCAGGACAUAGCCACUAAGCGCAUCUUCUCUGCACUCCGAGUCCUGCCCGAUACCAUGCGGAACCUCCUCUCUACCCAGAAGGACGCCAUCUUGGCCCGCCAUGGUGUGGCCUUGUUGUGCAAGGAGAGAGAGCAGACCUUGGAGGCCCUGGAAGCUGAGCUGCAGGCGGAGGCCAAGGCCUUUAUGGACUCCUACACAAUGCGCUUCUGUGGCCACCUGGCCGCAGUGGGGGGCGCAGUAGGCGCAGGGCUCAUGGGCCUGGCAGGGGGUGUGGUGGGUGCAGGCAUGGCAGCGGCAGCACUGGCUGCUGAAGCUGGAAUGGUGGCAGCUGGGGCAGCGGUGGGGGCCACUGGGGCUGCUGUAGUUGGGGGUGGUGUGGGUGCCGGCCUGGCUGCUACCGUUGGCUGCAUGGAGAGGGAGGAAGACGAGAGGGUACAAGGAGGGGACCGAGAGCCCCUUCUCCAGGAAGAAUAA